AAGAAAGAUAUAUAAAACAUUCUAGUAGAAAGAGCCUCCACAAAAUGGCUGAUUCUCAAUCUCAGGCUCCCGAAUCCUCAUCCUUCGUAAAAGCUUCCUACUGGUAUCCCGGUGAUUAUAAAACCCCACACCCACAAUCCCCACCCACGGAUAUUGAGUCAAGUCUCUUCACUCACCUUUUUUGCGCCUUCGCGGACCUCGACCCUAACACCCACAAAGUCGUUGUCCCCGAAAGUCACGAACAAGAGUUCUCAAACUUCACUGAAGAUGUCCAGAAGAAAAACCCUGACGUGCAGACCCUCUUGUCGAUCGGCGGAAAACACGCGGACAAAAGCGCGUUUGUGUCCAUGGUACAUGACCACCGUUCUCGAAAAUCGUUCAUUGAUUCUUCUAUCAGGAUCGCUCGAUCGUACGGGUUCAACGGCCUAGAUUUAGCUUGGGAGUACCCAAGCAGUUCUCGGGAGAUGAUCAGCUUCGGGACACUACUUGAAGAAUGGCGAUUAGCGGUUGAGGUCGAGAGCAGACACACGGGAGACCCGACUUUGCUGUUGACGGCUGCAGUUUACUACUGCCCAGUUUACACGUCGGGUUCCUACCCGGUUUACUUCGAGGCUCACUACCCGGUUCAAUUGAUUGAAGAAAACUUGGAUUGGGUUAAUAUUAUUGCCUUUGAUUUUUACGGUUCUUCCACUACCAUUGGUCCACCCGCCGGUCUGUAUAAUCAUCCUUCCAAGCCAGAAGGUCCAUGCGGCGACUCCGGUUUGAAACAGUGGAUUAAGGCUGGACUUCCGGACAAGAAAGCAGUCUUUGGAUUUCCAUACUUCGGACAGUCCUGGACUCUCUCAAACGACAAGGAUCACGGUGCUGAUGUUGCGGCGGCCACCACCGGAGUAGCGGUCUCAGCUGACGGUUCGAUCAACUAUGAUCAGAUAAUUACUUUCAUAAAGUAUCACAAAGCAGAACCGGGUCAUGACCAGACAGUGGUCGGAGAUUACUGUUUUGAUGGAACCACUUUGAUUAUGUACGACGAUAUUGAGAGCAUCGUGACGAAAGUGAGAUACACUAAGAAAAACGGUCUGCUUGGUUACUUCGCUUGGAACGUUGGGGCUGACGAUGAUUCUUAUCUAUCUCGUGCAGCAUCGCACACUUGGGGUUCUAACGCACUCACCGAAACAUAAAUAUCCAAGACGACUUCUCUUUGCUUCUGUUAUCGUAAGAACCACGCGUGAAGAAUAAAACAUGUUUGCUUGAUUGCU